AACUUCAACUAGUGCACCACAGAUUAAACGUGCAACUUUCGUUCAAAAGAAAAAUAAAACUUUUUUCACCUAGCGCUGUUUUUUAAGUUAAAGAGUAAAGUUAGUGAAGGGUAAUUAAUCAAUUACCCAGAGACAGGAGAAAAGUCUCUUUCCCUUUCUCUAUGCAAUUACCCUUUUACUUUAUUUACAUUCUCAUGUUAUCAAUAUAGUUGAGUGAUUUUUGUGCCAAACUCCGUUUUUUACCAGCUACAUUCCUUGGAUUUUAUAAUAAAAGGUUGUCAGGACUCUGUAUUCAAAUAAUAAUGUUGAAAAUAAAGCAAUUGGGAUUAAAAUUUUUCUCAAUUCGUUUUUAUAGUAGUGAUGCUAUCAGAGUUAGAUUUGCUCCAAGUCCUACAGGAUAUCUUCAUCUUGGAGGAUUGCGAACUGCUCUCUACAACUUUUUGUUUAGUAAAUCAAAAAAUGGCACUUUUAUUCUACGUAUUGAAGAUACUGAUCAAUCAAGAUUAGUUGAUGGUGCUAUUGAACAAUUGGUGAAAGAUUUGACUUGGGCUGGUAUUGAAAUACAAGAAGGGCCUAAAGUUGGAGGAAAUUAUGGUCCUUACAUUCAAUCACAAAGAUUGGAUUUAUACAGGGAACAAAUUGAGAAAUUAUUGAAUAAUGGCAGUGCUUAUUAUUGUUUUUGCACCGAACGGAGAUUAGAUCUUCUGAGAAGAGAGGCUAUAAAAAAUAGGGAGGUCCCAAAAUACGACAAUAAAUGUAGACAUUUGACCACUGAGGAAAUAAAAAAAAAUUUGGAAAAGGGAGAGAAAUAUUGUGUCAGGUUCAAGUUGUCUUCAGAUGUGACUUCAUAUGAAGAUUUGGUUUAUGGCAAAAUAACAUAUGAUGUUGCCCUCAAUGAGGGGGAUCCAGUAAUCAUAAAAUCUGAUGGAUACCCAACAUACCAUUUCGCUAAUAUAGUUGAUGAUCAUUUCAUGAAAAUAAGUCAUGUGCUAAGAGGACUGGAAUGGCAAAUUUCCACUACUAAACACAUACAGAUGUAUAGAGCAUUUGGUUGGGAUCCACCAAAUUUUGGCCAUCUUCCACUUUUGUUAAAUUCUGAUGGUACAAAGUUGAGUAAAAGACAAAAUGACAUAAAAAUUGCACAUUUCAAGGAGAAGGGAAUAUUUCCUUUGGCCUUAUUGAACUAUGUUGUUAAUGCUGGAGGAGGUUUUGAGAAAGAUCUGCAACAAAAUGUUAAAAUGAGAAUUCAUACCAUUGACGAGUUGGCAAAUGGAUUUGAUAUAACAAGGUUAAGUACACAUUCUGGUAGACUCAUGCCUGAGUUGUUAUUCGAAUUCAAUCAACAAGAAUUGAAAAGGCUCCUGAAAAAUGAACAUGAUGAGAAAGAGUUACUAAAGGAAGUGGUGUCUCUUCUGCAAGAACAUUUUAAGAAAUCGUCUGUUGAUUCCAACUUGCAGUUAGAUGAAGAUCACAUACGUUCAAUUUUACAUUGGUCUGUGAAUAGAAUUACAAAGUUAUCAGAUUUGUUGAAAAAUGAUAUGCUGUUUUUAUGGACCAUGCCAAAGAGUUGCAAACUCAAGGAACAUGAUAUCAAUUCUAUUACGGAAUUGCUCAAAGAAUUAGAAGUUCAGGAUGAGUUUUCAAGAGAGAAGUUAGCGAAAUUUCUGAAGAAGUUUGCUGACCAACAGAAUAUAAAAUACAGUAUGUUCAUGAAAACCUUGAGAUCUGUGCUGAGUGGUCUGAAGAAAGACGAUUUUGUAGGAAGGACCAAGUAUAGCUGAAAUGAUGGAGUUACUAGGGAAAAAUUCAACUCUUUAUAGAUUGAGAAUGGGUAUGAAAGUAAACCAAAGCUGAAAGUUUAUUGUUCUUACGAUUUAUAAGGGGAUGCAGUGACUGUAAAAUACUUUCGAUAAAUAUUUAUAUGAAAUUAUUUGUUAAUUUCUUGCAGAAUGAAAUAAAUUUUAUAAGUUA